UGAAUUGAUAGUGGUUAAAUAGUGGACUGAGACCAGAAGAGAGACUGCAGAGACUCAUCAUAUUUUCCUUGAAAUCGAACUCAUUCCAGUUUAUUUCGGCGAGUGUGGUGAGGAGAGACCAUCACCAUAAAUCCCACCUAGUCCCCAAAUUGUAAAGUUAUUUUAGGAAAUAAAUCCAGGGCCUUUAAGGAAGAUAGGAAAGGAUACCGAUAUAAUGUAGAGACUGAAUAAAACCUCAACCAAACUGAAGAGUAAAAAAAAAAAAAAAAAAAAAAAAAAAAAUUAUCAGGAAUGUUAGUAUAACUCAGGGCAGAAAGACCACUUCAUGAUAGUAGCAACUUCUAAAACGAAUCCAGAAGGAAGCAGAAAUUCAGAGGUUAUAUUCUAAAAUCCAUAUAGCACACCAAUCAUCAUUUCUUAGGAAGGGCGUUAUCUGCUCAUUUCUGCUUGUAUUUUUUUAUAGUUUGUUGGCAUUUUAGGAGAUGACUGAAGCACUCCUUAGCUUAAGCUAGAAGGGACUCAUACAGAAGGUGCAGUUCCUCAAGUUCAGCUUGAAGCUGUUGCUAAGAGUGGGGUCUUUUCUUAGCUUCAGAAGGAGCCCCAAGAGCUGUCAAACUGAAGGAAAAGGGGAAAAACAACGGUACCACAUGUGAAUAUAAAAAAGAAGAGAACUCUAGCCAAUUGCACCACCACCGGAUGGCAGAGCCCAGCUGACACAACCUGGUUUAGGGAGCUUUGGGUUUACUCCUUUUACUUCAGGAAAGCCUCAACCCAGUUACUGCAACUUCUGAAGUAUGGCCUGAAUAGAUUGAGUCAUUAUUAUCAAUCCAUUAUCAAAUAGCAAGUGCCACUGCACACAUCUGGAGGUCGGAGAACAACUUGUGGGGUCAGAGAACAAUUUGUGGACUCAGUUCUCUCCUUCUGCCUCAUUGAUCCUGGGGAUCAGUUUCAGGACGAUCUGAAGACGCAAACAAGUACACACAAAGAGCAUGCCAUUAGCACUCUGCCCUGACAGCUACAGAAGACACUGAGAAGUCACACUGUAAGAAUGACGACUACUUCAGUUGACAGCUGGCCUUGCUCCUCCCGUGGAAUGCACUUGGAACCUAAUUACAGUGACCGAGCUUCACAGAAUUUUUCAGGAGUGCCAAAUGUCACUAGCUGUCCAAUGGAUGAAAAAUUACUAUCUACUGUGUUAACAACCUUCUACUCCGUUAUAUUCAUCGUGGGACUGGUUGGAAACAUCAUUGCCCUCUACGUAUUUCUGGGCAUCCACCGCAAAAGAAAUUCUAUUCAAAUUUAUCUACUUAACGUGGCCAUUGCAGACCUUCUACUCAUCUUCUGCCUCCCUUUCCGCAUAAUGUAUCACCUCAACCAAAAUAAGUGGACACUAGGUGUGAUUCUUUGCAAGGUUGUGGGAACACUAUUUUACAUGAAUAUGUACAUUAGCAUUAUUUUGCUGGGGUUUAUCAGUUUGGAUCGCUACGUAAAAAUUAAUCGGUCUAUACAUCAACGAAGGGCAAUAACUACCAAGCAAAGUAUUUAUGUUUGCUGUGUAGUAUGGGCAGUUGCUCUUGCUGGGUUUCUAACUAUGAUUAUUUUGACGCUGAAGAAGGGAGGGCACAAUUCUACAAUGUGUUUCCAUUACAGAGACAGGCAUAAUGCAAAGGGAGAAGCAGUUUUUAACUUUGUUCUAGUGGUAAUGUUCUGGCUUAUUUUCCUAUUGAUUAUCCUCUCAUAUAUUAAGAUUGGCAAGAACCUACUGAAGAUUUCUAAAAGGAGGUCAAAAUUUCCUAAUUCUGGCAAAUAUGCCACAACAGCCCGGAAUUCCUUUAUUGUACUGAUCAUUUUCACUAUUUGCUUUGUGCCUUAUCAUGCCUUUCGAUUCAUCUACAUUUCUUCACAGCUAAAUGUGUCUUCUUGCUCCUGGAAGGAAAUUAUUCACAAAACCAAUGAGAUCAUGCUGGUUCUCUCCUCUUUCAACAGCUGCUUAGAUCCAGUCAUGUAUUUCCUAAUGUCUAGUAAUAUUCGCAAAAUCAUGUGUCAACUUCUUUUUCGAAGAUUUCAAAGUGAAGCAAGCAGAAGUGAUAGUACUUCAGAAUUUAAGCCAGGAUAUUCCCUGCAUGAUCUAUCUGUGACAGCCAAAAUGCCAUACAGCACUAAGAGUAAUUGAGGCAAAUGGGCUAAAACGAAUGACAUAAACCAGCCUCUUCAUUCCUUGAGAUUGGUAAAAUCAUGGAACAAAGCCAUAGCAUGUCCCAAAUCUAGAUCUUUAGAAGUGAUCUUUCACUUGUUUAAUUGUAAAAUAGUUCAAGGGAAAGAAAAACUUACAUUAAUCUCUAGAUUUUAGAACUAUAUGUAGAAUCAGAAUACAUUUUUUUUUCUUCUUCCUAGAACACAUUGUUAAGCUAACACUUUUAACAGUUAUAAAGUUAAGUCAAGCCCAUGGAUUUAACAACAAAACAAAUGAAGUGUCAUUGCUUUUCAAGCCACUAAAGAGUUGCUAAAAUUGUUGAUACUAAUUUUAAAUGUGUUUAAAUUUCUGAGUUGAAAUGUCAGAAAAUAUGUAUGUUACUUCAAAAACUUACAUCACUUGCUGUUGUAUUCAUUUAUGCUUAAAUCUCUGCUAACAUAUGAAAUAAUAAAAUUCUAAUGAAAGUGAGAU